CACACCCAUUCCAUUUCGCGCUUCUUCUUCUUCUUCUCCACACAGUUCAUCGUUUCAAUGGCAUCAACCAAACGCGAAGCUCCCACUGAAGACGAACCAGAGCCCUCGAAGAAGCCCAAGCUCCAGCAGCGCGUGGUUCUCAAUCGCGUCGAUUGCGACCUAGAUUUCAACAUUGAAGGCAAUGGGCUUCGAGGUUCUUCGCUCUACGAGCAAGGAUUUGCGUAUUGCUGGUCCGGUGCUAGAGCCAAUGUGGGAAUUACUGGCGGGAAAUACUGUUUCGGCUGCAAAGUGACGUCGUUUCAUCCUGUUGAGAUGGAGGACACGGCGCCGGAGCAGCGGAAUCUUUGCCGGGUUGGGAUUUCCAGAGGGGGUGAUGUGGUGGGAGGCCUUGGGGAGACAAAGCUGAGCUUUGGGUAUGGUGCGACAGGGAAGUUUUCGAAUGCGAGUAGGUUUUCGGACUACGGUGAGAAGUUUGGGCUUGGGGAUGUGAUUGUUUGUGCUGUGAAUCUUGAAGAGAAGCCACUGGCUUGCAUUGGUUUUUCGAAGAAUGGGAAGAGUUUGGGUACGGCGGUGAGGUUCAAUGCUGGGGAUUUGGGUCUUGGGGUGGGGGAGGGUGAAGUGAAGAAUUUGCAUUGGGAAUGUGGGGUGUUCCCUCAUGUGCUGUUGAAAAAUGUGGGGGUGGAGUUGAUGUUUAGUGUUGAAGAUGGACUUGUUCCUGAAGAGGGUUUUAAGCCUUGGGAAUGUGCUCUUGAGGAUGGAAAUUCUGUUAUGGGACCGUCUGUUUGUGAACCGAAGCUUUGUGAAGUGAUGAUGAUGGUGGGUUUGCCUGCCUCGGGCAAAACAACUUGGGCAGAGAAAUGGGUGAAAGAGCACCCUGAGAAGCGUUAUGUUGUGCUUGGGACGAAUGCGGUUCUAGACCAAAUGAAGGUGCCAGGGCUCUUGCGGAAGCAGAAUUAUGGCGAACGAUUUGAACGUCUGAUGAGUAGAGCCACUGAAAUUUUUAAUACUCUUUUAUCCAGAGCAGCCACCACUCCUCGCAAUUACAUUCUUGAUCAGACAAAUGUAUACAAGAAGGCUCGUAAACGUAAACUUUUGCCAUUCAAACUGUUCAAGAAGAUUGCUGUUGUGGUGUUUCCAAGCCCUGAAGAGAUGAAGGCUCGUUCUAUGAAGAGAUUCAGAGAAAUGGGAAAGGAGGUACCUGCUGAUGCAGUGAAUGAAAUGUUGGCCAAUUAUGUUUUACCUGUCAGCAGGGAUGUGCCUUGUUCAGAUGAGCUUUUUGAUGAGGUUAUGUUUGUAGAACUCAACAGAGAAGAAUCACAGAGACAUUUGGAUGAGAUGAAGCACGAACUUGCACAUAAAUCUAAUUUGAAAACGAAUACAUCUUCACCAUAUUCCUGCGGAAACUCAAUUCAGUCUUAUCGUUGUUCACCAAGUUAUGGGGUGAGUCCUGUGCGGCCAUGUCCCUCUCCUUCACCACAAUAUCAAGGAGUUUCAGCAGUCAACACUGGAAAUUGGAAUAGCUCUUACUCAUCUGUUCCUCCACCUUACUAUCAGUCGCAUAUGCCCAACCAAGUGAAUUCAUAUCGGACCCAUCAGGGAGCUGUGCCAGUUGGGACUGCAGGACCAUAUCAAGGCAAUCAACCUCCACCUAUACCUAGAGCAAUUACCCAUCAAGGAACUUGUUCUGGCUACUCCAGCAGUUAUAAUGCCAAUCCUACAAGUGGUACAGCCCCUUGCAAUAGUUACGGAGCAGGUUAUGGUGCUGCCACUAACCCCUAUCCUAGUCCGGCAGUUCAACCCUCUCUAGUAGGAGGUGCAAUGGCUUCAUUCACAGGCAGUGCCCCCGGAUGUUAUGGUGGUGCUGGGUACUCCAGUCAUGCUGCUCCUCAGGCUCCAAGAGCACCUGCAUUUCAUCCUAGUCCUUACCCACCUGCAUAUGGAGGUUCACCAUACGGAACUCCGCCUCCUAGACCUCAAUCUGGAAGUUUUCCUGCAAACACACCUUAUCCUGACGGGUAUGCCCCUCCUGGUUCCGGGUACUACUGACUUCUGUGGACUGACAAACAUGCUUUUGAAAGGAGAAAGAGUCGAAGAAUACCAGGUGUCAUGAACUGCGGUUGCCUAUUGUAAAUAUGUUCAUGAUCUGGUAAAUGAGAUAGUAUGAUCCUUUCUCCUUGUUUUUCUUCUGGGAUAUCAGCAAAUUUACUAUCCUAGUAUAGCCGUAUAGGAGAGGAAGGACGGACUUGAACCAUUUGUACCUAGUUCAACUGGGGCUGUAUAUAUGAUGGCAUUUGGUUCAUUUUCACUUUUUGAUGUACGACUCUUCUUCGAUCAUUAACAAUCAACAAAACAAUCAUGUUAUAAUUGCUA